AUGAGCUUAGCUUCAGUCAUCCUCCACCACGGAGUUCUCUCUCCGGCGAAAUCGGAUCGAAUCUUUCCGGUGAUUCCGCCGCAUCUCCGAGCUCGUGGAUGGACUAAGUCUCGUUUCUCUCUCCUCCCAAAUCCUUCUCCCGUUUCAGUUGUGACAAUAACUUUUAUGUGUGGCAUGUUUGUUAGUACAGAGAAGGAGAAGAGAGAUCUUUUACCACACAAAGAUGAAGGCCUGAGAGAUACUCCCCAAGAAGAGACAAACAAAACUUCCUUCAACACUGUUGCCUUGUGUGUAAGCGCUGCUGUGGCAUUUGGAAUCGGGAUAGGUUUGAAGGAUGGUGUUGGCAAGGCAUCAGAGUUUUUUGCAGGCUAUUUAUUGGAGCAAAGUUUGUCAGUGGACAACUUGUUUGUUUUUGUUCUCGUCUUCAAGUACUUCAAAACACCACUUAUGUAUCAGAAUCGGGUACUUACAUAUGGUGUAGUUGGUGCAAUUCUCUUUCGCUUCUCCCUCAUAUUACUAGGAACAGCCACUCUUCAGAGGUUUGAAGCAGUGAAUCUACUGCUUGCUGCAGUACUCUUAUAUUCGUCUUUCAAGUUAUUUUCAAGUGAAGAAGAUGAUACAGAUCUAUCUGACAACUUCAUUGUAAAGACAUGCCAGAGAUUUAUACCUGUCACAUCAAGUUACGAUGGAAAUAGGUUUUUCACAAAGCAUGAUGGCAUUUUAAAAGCCACACCGUUGCUACUCACAGUAGCAGUGAUCGAGCUCAGUGACAUAGCCUUUGCUGUUGACUCAAUACCAGCUGUUUUUGGGGUCACAAGGGAUCCUUUUAUAGUCUUGACCUCUAAUCUGUUUGCAAUCAUAGGACUGAGGUCUCUCUAUACCCUGAUUUCUGAAGGAAUGGGCGAGCUGGAAUACUUGCAGCCUUCAAUAGCAGUUGUUCUUGGCUUCAUCGGAUUCAAGAUGAUCCUCGAGUUCUUUGGCUUUCAUGUAUCAACCGAGGCAUCACUUGGUAUUGUGGCACUUUCUCUCAGCACCGGAGUUUUGUUGAGCCUAACAAACAAAUCCGACGACAACUAA